CCUGGCAACCCUGCUCUUUCCGGACGUGCGGUUCACCAUGAGCAGAGUUGACACUGGCUAUGGCAUCAACACUGAGGGGUUCUGUAGUUUUAUUUCUCUGCAUUUUAGCAGUGCGUGGUGAUCUAGACGACAUCGUGCUUGAGCAGAAUUCGUCGGAGUCACAGGGCACGGGUUGUGGUUGUCAGGGACUGAAAAGGGAUGUUACUGUUGAUGUAAGAGAUGAAAACAAACUGGAACAUCACGACGAGGCAAAUAUAUACUCCAAAACAGCGAAAAACGAAAACGAAAGUCCACACGAGAAAGAGCAUGAUAUACGCAGUAAGCUGGUGCUGCUGCAGGGAGAUUGGUUUAUGAUGGGAACGAAUGACCCAGGGAUACCACAGGAUGGAGAGGGACCACAGAGGAGAGUGAGGCUGGACCCUUUUUACAUUGAAGAGCAUGAAGUCACAAACCAGCAGUUCCAACACUUCACCAACCAGACAGGAUACGUCACUGAGGCUGAGCGUUUUGGAGACUCCUUUGUUUUUGAGGGACUGCUGAGUGAGGAGGUGAAGAGCACUCUGUCAAGUGCGGUGGCUGCUGCUCCUUGGUGGUCACCAGUGAAAGGUGCAGACUGGAGACACCCAGAAGGACCAGAUUCAACCAUAGAGCACAGGAUGAGUCACCCUGUGCUACAUGUAUCAUGGAGUGAUGCACAGGCGUACUGUCACUGGGCCAAACGCAGACUUCCUACCGAAGCUGAGUGGGAGCUGGCCUGUAGAGGAGGAUUGCAGGACAGGCUGUACCCAUGGGGAAAUAAACUAAUGCCCAGAGGGCUGCACUAUGCUAACCUGUGGCAAGGAGAUUUCCCUAACCACAACACAGUAGAGGACGGCUAUGCUAACACAUCACCGGUGAUGUCAUUUCCUGCAAAUGGCUUUGGGCUGUAUGACAUGGUGGGAAACGCAUGGGAGUGGACAGCAGACUGGUGGAAUGUGCAUCACACUACAGAAGACAAGUACAACCCUAAAGGACCAGAAACAGGGACAGACAGAGUCAAGAAAGGAGGAUCCUACAUGUGCCACAAGUCUUACUGCUACAGAUACAGGUGUGCAGCCCGUAGUCAAAAUACUCCGGACAGUUCUGCCUCUAAUCUGGGCUUCCGCUGCACCGCUGAUGCUGAGCCAUAACCUCAAACAUCAGGUCUAUCACUGUCAUACACUUGAAAUCUAGAAGGAUUUUGUAUUUUAUGAAAAUAAAGCCAUUUGUAAGAGUUUGUUGUUUUUUAUUUCUGUUCUUUAUUUUUUGUUGUAUAAUAACAGAAUGUGAUUCUAUCCUGAAAAUGGUUUUAAAUCAAAUGUAAAAAUUCGAAGAAAAUAUGUGACCUACAAAUUUGCUUAAUAAAUUGAAAGUUGUAGCUAA